AUGCCACACAGAUUCAUCAGAGAUGGGUUUUUAGCGAGGAUGAUAUAUCAUCUUUCGGGCCACAAAUACUUCAAGCACCCCGACGAAGAGCCAGAUUACGUGGUCCCUGAACAUUACUACCCUGGCUACUACGACAAAUUACGAGCUACUAGCGCAGACGACAACUUGGCCGAUUUUCAAGGCCGAGAUGUUCUCGACCAAAGUCUGCUGGAUCAACUUUCAUCAGAUAUAAAAGCUGAAAAGGAAGGCUUGAUCAUUGUCGAUUGGGAAGGUGCCGAUGAUCCCGAUAAUCCCCGGAACUGGACCUGGUACGAGAAAGCCUUCUUUAUAUUUGAAAUUUCAUUCUUGACUUCGUCCGUUUAUAUGGCGUCGGCUGUAUAUACCCCGGGAGUCAUGCAGAUGAAGCAGGAGUUGGGUUUCACUAGCGUCGAAGCGUCAUUGGGUGUCUUUCUCUUUGUGCUUGGUUACGGAUUGGGGCCCUUGAUCUGGUCGCCCAUGUCUGAAAACGCUAUAUUUGGAAGAACGUCAAUCUACGUGGUGACGUUGUUUAUUUUUGUCAUUUUGCAGAUCCCUACUGCCCUCGCCAAGAAUGUGGGUGGGUUUCUAGUUGUGCGGUUUUUAGGGGGUUUUUUCGCUAGUCCUUGCUUGGCCACGGGUGGUGCGAGUGUUGGCGAUGUAACUCAUCCUUGGAAUUUACCCGUGGCGUUGGCGGUGUGGAGUAUUGGCGCUGUUGCCGGUCCUUCCAUGGGACCGUUUUUCGGUUCGAUUUUAACGGUCAAGGGAGGCUGGCGGUGGUGUUUUUGGUUUAUUAUGAUCGUUGCUGGGUUUUCGUUGUUUUUUUUAACGUUUAUGUUACCGGAAACAUAUGCGCCCACGCUAUUAACGAGAAAAGCAAAGAGAUUAAGGGCAAAGACGGGUAAUGACAAGAUUGUCAGCAGGGGGAUGUUGGAGAAUCAGGGCAAGACGUUUAAAGAGAUUGCCAUUGAGACCUUGUGGAGACCCGUCGAGAUUACUAUUUUGGAGCCCGUUGUUUUAUUGAUUGACAUCUACAUUGCCAUGGUGUACAGUAUCUUGUACUUGUUCUUUGAAGUGUUUCCCAUCUACUUCAUUGAGACCAAGCAUUUCACCAUCAUUGAAAUGGGUGUAUGCUACAUUUCGAUUCUAGUAGGGGUGCUGAUAUCCUGCUCGUUCUACAUUCCGUUGAUUAGACGGGCAUUCACCAAGCCCAUAUUGGCAAAAGAGACAAUUUACCCCGAAGUGUUUAUCCCCUUGGCAAUUGUAGGCGGAAGCUUUUUAACGGCCGGUUUAUUCAUAUUUGGCUGGUCUGCGACAAGUUUCACCCACUGGAUCGGGCCCUUAAUUGGUAUUGCCACUAUUGGGUUUGGGACAUUUCUCAUUUUCCAAACGCUAUUCAAUUACAUGGGCGCUUCCUUCAAGCCCGAGUAUUUGGCAUCUGUCUUUGCAUCCAACGACUUGGUGAGAUCAUCCGUCGCUUCGGUGUUUCCCAUAUUUGGCGCGGCAUUGUUCAACAACCUAGCCACCGAGAGGUUCCCCGUUGCGUGGGGGAUGAGUCUAAUUGGGUUUAUCGCGUUGGCCAUGAUUUUGAUUCCAAUAUUGUUUUACCUCAAUGGGCCAAAACUCAGAGCACGGUCAAAGUACGCAAGGGGUUGA